UUUCUCGUUACCAAAUAAUGAACACCAUUAAAGUUUUAAGUAGUCUCAAGGGGCAGGUUAGGGGUAUGUCCUCAGCUGUAGGCAAUGUUAAACGUGUUGGCGUAAUCGGUUCAGGUCAAAUGGGUCUUGGCAUUGCGUAUGUUGCAGCUAAUGUCACUCGUCUUCCUGUUGUCUUGAUGGAUGUCAGCCAAGCUCAAACUGACAAGGGAAUGGUCUUCAUGGACAAGCUUUUACAAAAGGACGUCGCCAAAAACAAAAUCACGGCAGAGCAUGCUAAAUUGACUAGAGAAUUAGUAUCUACCACCAAUUCUAUGUCUGGUUUAAGCGAUGUUGAUUUUGUUAUUGAAGCAGCCUCUGAAAAUUUGAACAUCAAGUCUGCCAUUUUCCGUGAUUUGGAUGCUAUUUGCAAACCUUCCAGUAUUUUGGCCACCAACACCAGCUCCAUCAGUAUCACCAAGAUUGCUGCUGUUACCAAGAGAGCCGAACAAGUGAUUGGUAUGCAUUUUAUGAACCCUGUUCCAGUCAUGAAGUUAGUAGAGAUUAUUCCUGGAUUAGCUACAAGUGCUGAUGUGCUUCAAGAGACCCGUGAUUUAGCGGCUGCUAUGGGAAAGACAACCACUGUUGUUCAAGAUAUCCCUGGGUUUGUCGCUAAUCGACUUUUGAUGCCCUAUAUCAAUGAAGCAGUCAUGCUUUUAGAAUGCGGCGCUGCUUCUGCCGAAGAUAUUGAUACUACGAUGAAAUUAGGUACCAAUAUGCCAAUGGGACCUUUGACGUUAGCCGAUUUUAUUGGUUUAGAUACUUGUCUUGCUAUUAUGAAGGUGCUUCAUGAGAACACCGGUGAUUCCAAGUACCGUCCCAGCGUUUUACUUCAGAAAUACGUUGAUGCCGGAUGGAUGGGCAAGAAGAGCGGAAAGGGAAUAUACACUUAUAAAUAAUAAAAUAAAGUUUAGAUGUAGACAUAAAC